AUGCCAGGCUAUGGCUUAUAUUUGAAACUUGAUUUUCUUGGUCAUGAGAAACGUGGCCAUAUAUAUACUUUUAAUCAUUAAGGUCCAGUUGAAGAUCAACUGCAAUUGGGUUACUAUUGUUGGAAGGUGCAGGAUUCUUUAAGAGCAAAUUUUGAGCAUUAUAUUCAUGGUUAUGAAAAUAACAAAACAGACACACUGUCUUUUAAUAAUGCCUGGAUUCAUUGGGCAGUUGUUAGAAAUACUAACUCAGGAUUAUAUUAAAUAUAUAUAAGAGGUAUAAAGAAGGAUAAAUUAAAUGUUCCUAUACCUAAAAGAGAUGUAUCUUUCAAUUUUAAAGUCUAAUUUGGAGAUGAUAUCACAGAUGGUUUUGAUGGGCCAGCAUUGACAUAAUACACUAUUCAAUUUCAAUUUUACUUUGUAAAAGAUUACAAUGCUGGAGUUAUAUUUAAAAUAAUGCUAAAUAUUUAAGAUUGGAUUAAAAUCUAACACUUCAAUGAUGCUUAUUAUCAAAUAACCUUUUUAAAAAACAAUGAGGAGGUAAAAACUUAUCCUGCCCCAGAUAUUUCGAUUAUGUAGUUUAAAGCCUUUGCAAUGACUUAUCCAGGAAAUAUAAAUGAUUAAAAAACCCUAAGAGUCUUCAUUGACAAUCAAAUUUAUGACUUAAAACUUAUAAAUAAUCAAAAUCUUCCAGUUAUAUACAAUAAGAAUAUUGAAUCAGGUUAAAAUACUUAUUUAAGAGAGAUUAGAAUAUGGAGUGAUAGAAUGACUGAUUAAUUUAUAUUGUAGACUAAUUAGAAAACGCUUGAUGGGUACUAUUAUUCUAAUCUUAUAUUUUACGAUCUGAACGAGUUUCAUCAAAUUUGGCCUAAUUAUCCUUAAUUUUUUUAGAAAGGUAUGAAGAUAGAGGACAAAUAUCUAGAUGUUGCAGCACCAGGUAAUGCUUAACCAUCAAUCUGUCUUGACAAUUAAUAUUUCAAUGGUUAGGCUUGCAGUACAUAUUCCUAUUUGUAUCUAAGAAAUGAUUUGCUGUGCGACUUAAAAAUACCUAUCAAAGGUGUGAAAGAAUAUCAAGCUCUUCAAAUAGAUUUUUGGAUGCUACUUAUGCCUUAAUAAACCUGGGUGAAUGUCAUUUAUAUACCUAUUGGAGGUGUCGCAAUUUCACUAACUUUCCCAGAACUUAAUGAUCUAUUAAAUCUUUACUGUUUUAAUUUUGUUUCUGGGUAACUCAGCACUCCUAUACCAGUAAAUACUAUUUCUAGAAUUGAUCAGAAUACUAAAACAAAGAGAUUGUGGAGAAAGCUCAUUAUAAGAAUAUUCUCCUCUUCAACUUAAUUUAAAGUUAGCUUUGCUACAGACCUUCAAGUUCCUUAUGAAAUAAAUUUGUUUCAGUAUGGUAUUGGAGAUACUCUAUAUGAUAUGAGUUAUAAUUAGUUGGAAGCUAAAAUAGUUAGAAAUGAUGAGAGAGAUUAGUAUUUUAAUUGGAGGUAGAUUAAAUAGAUUUCAAAUGUAGCUGAAAAUAUUUUAAUGUGUGAUUUGGAUGAGAUUUAUGAUGAAGAUAGAGGUGUCUGUAUCAAACAGGAUUUUUUAUAAAUGAGAUUUUUGAAACUAGCUGCUCCAAAUCAUACAACUCUUCUCAAUAACCCAGUUAAUGACUAUAGGGCUACUGAUAGUCAUUCUGACUAUGAUGAAAUAUUAGAAGACAGAAUGAUAUCAGAGAAUACUUGGAUUUUCGUGAGUAUCUCUAAUAGGCUAAAAGACUAAUCAUUUAUUUAGGCAAUUUACGCUCAGUUUCAAACACCUUAAACUCAAAAUUAAAGGACUGGUUUACUUAAACUUACUAAUUGUCCUAUAAAUAUUGGUUAAAGAGGAGAUUAAAAUAACAAAACAAUGUCAUCUCAUUUAUUUCAGAUUAAAGAGUUUUCCUUUUCACUAAUGAUGCAUUUCAAUAUUGAUGAUGGUGGAUAAGAUGAUCUACUCAAUAUUGAUAAUUUCAUCGAUAUCUUUUGUGAUAACAAGACAUUCUAUAUAACUCUAUACUAUAGAGUCUAAUCAAAACCUUCUGAGCAAAUCAUGAUUAAUCUGACUGGAUAAAGCGAUAUAAAAUGGGGAUUACAUUAUGAUGUUGAUAAUAACUUAUUCAAAAUAACUGUAGGUACAGUAUUGCAUUAUAGCGUUUCAAUGACCAUUGACGAGUUUCCACUUCCAGAAAAAUGGGAAAUAUUGUAUGGAUAUAACAAUAGAAAUUAAUCUGGCAAAAUAAUGAUUAUUAGCUAAAUGUUCUUUUCACCAUCAAUAAGGUAUAUGCCUACAAGAUCUUAUUAAGGAGCUUAAAUCCUAAAAUAUCUUGAUAAAACUGCAGCAUAUGAAGCUUAAUUUGGCCAAGCUCCCAUAGAUAUAAUGACUGGUAUAAAAGAUUAUACCUAUUAGAGUGUUGCUAAUAAUCCCUAAUUGAUAGCUCAGAAUUACAAUUGUAGAGAAGGUACUAUCAAGCAUCCAUUAAAUAAAAACUGCAUCAUCCCAUACUCACUUACAAUUAAUAAUCAGCAACUUUAGCUUAAUGUACUAGCUCUACAAAUAGGCCACUCUACUACCGUGUAGUUCUGGUCAUACUUAUUUAAGAUGGGUGAUGAAUAAAAAAAUAUAACAUUAUUGGAGGUUGAAAAUCUAAGUGGAAUUGGAUUUUAAGAUAGGAAUUUAAUAUUUUACCAUUUUUAAUAAACGCCUAACCUUCUAAGGAAAGAAGAAAAAUUUCCAAUCAGUCCUGAUAUCAGUUCAGGAUGGUUUAAAUAUCAUAUGGUAUUAUACAAUAAUACAUGGAAUAUAUAUACUAAUGGCGAUUUGAUAAUGUCUGUGCCAGAUUUGAUAGGGAACUAUGAGAAUAUUGAAUUUAGUUCUAUAAAUAUAAAUGUUACGAGUGAUUAAAAUUACAAGAUGAAGAUAUCUGAAAUUGCCAUCUUCGGUUAUCCGUUAUCUCAAUCCGCAAUAAUUAAAAAUUUAAACUCUAAGAUCAGUAAAGAUAUUUAUCUGAAUACUCUCCUAGUCUAUUAUUAAUUAGACGAGAGUUACGGUUAUAAACUCUAUGAUUACUCCAAAUAUGAAAGAUCAACUAUAUUAAGUAAUUUGAAUCGUAUUUACUGGGAUUAUAAUCCUAAAGGUGUUUAAGGCUCAAACUUAAUGUCACAGCACUCUGAGAUUUAAACAAGAGAUAAAGCGCUUUUCUUUAAGUACUAAGUUGAUAACUAAACAUAGUUUAACUUUGCAAAAAAUAAUGUCAAAAUUGGAUAAGAUCUCUCUUUGAGUUUUUGCUAUAGAUUUUUAAAUGUUUCCGAAUUAUUACUCAAAAGAGGUGUCAUUAUGUUUAAUAUUAUCGAUGUAAUGGAUAUCUAACUAGACAUUAAUACAAUAAGUGAGAUUUAAUUCAAUAUUUAUCCAUUGCAUUCUUAAUUAGUUGGAACUGAAUUCCCACUAAUUUAAAUUGAUAGCACUAUUCAUCAAUGGAAAUGUCUAGUGGGUAAAAAUAGAACCAAACUAAUCUUCUUUGAGCUAGAUAACUAUUAAUAAUAACUAACCCUUAGCAACAUGAUAAAGCUAUCAAGAUAAGUAGUUAACCCUCUGUUGUAUUGGGGGCAGUAUUUGACAAUGUACUAUCAAAUGGAUGAAUCUAUUGGUAAUAAACUUUUGGAGUCCAAAAGUGGAGUUUACUAUGAAUUUAAUAUGGCAGAGGGCAAUAAGUUAAAGCCUUAAUGGGUAUCUCAAGAUCCCUAAUUGAUAGUUUGUGAAGGACCAUUAAACGCCUUUUUAGUUGAGUAUUAAGAAAUGUUUAAAAUUAGAUUAAUGAAAGAAAAGAAAUUGAAUUACAAAAUAGGGGAUUCCUCCUCCGUUUAGCUAGACAUUAGCAAAGCAAUAAAAGAUGCCAAAUGGAUUUUGCUAUUUUAGAUGGCUAAUACUGACUCUAAUUAUUCCUGCAUCAGUGUAGUUUACAAUAUAGAAACUAGUUCUCAAAUUCAAAAUAUAUCUAAAAUCAUCACAAAGCAAUUUAAAUUUUCAGAGAAUUUGUUAGCCAGAAACAUUAGUAUAUAGACUGGUAAUUCAUCUAGAAUUUUCAUUAGAGAUUUUUAAUUCUGGAACGCACCUCUUUCUUUGGGAUACUAUCUUACAUAUCGAAUGCAUAGAGGUCUUGAUCCAAUAGUAAUGGCAAGCAAAGGUCUGAUCAUAUACUAUAAAUUUGAUGAGUCAGGAGGAAAUACUGUGAUAAAUUCAGCUUAACCCUUUAAACCAAUUGACACAUUCACUGCUUCUUUCCUCUAGAAUGAUGAUUUUAAAUGGUAUUAUUACAGCUCGCUUUAAAUGAAUAACGAAACUGACUCUAUUGAUAAAAGAUACUUUAUGUUCUGUAAAGACCCUUAUUCAAGAAUCUUAAACAAGCAUUGCGAUUAUUAUGAUCACUGUAACAAAUCUUUAUCCAAGCUAGAUGACUGUAUAAGUUAAGAUCCUAAUUCUACUGCUAAAUGCAACAAUAGCUUGAACUACAUCUAUUCGAUGGAAUAUUAAGACUGCUAAGACUGUUAUUUCGCUUGCUAGUUAUGCAACUAAUCUUAUUCUAGGUAAAUCUUACAAAUCAAGAAUUUAUAUAGAUAUGAGUGUGUAAAUUGCAAGCCAAGUUAUAAUCUGAGAGAUGGUCUCUGUACUUAAGAAUGUGAUUAAUAUUAAUAUUACAUCAAUGGUACUUGUUAAGAGGAUAAUUUGACAGCUUGCGCGUAAUGCAAAAAUUCUUCUCAUAUUUAUCUAGAAAACUAGUAGAAAUGUUUAGACAUCUCACCAGACUUUAAAUACUUUGACUUUAGCACUAGCACUCUUGACAAGUGCCAUCCAUACUGCAAGUCAUGCUUCGGUUAGAAUUAAUACACCUGCUUUGAAUGUGCUGAGAAUAUCACUCUCAUUAGCAAAUACUUUUGUAACUCUGUGAACUGUAUGGCAGCUGGAGAGAUAAUCAAAGUAAACAGCGAUUUGAAAAAUUCAAAUUCUACUGGGGAAUGUGUGCCAUGCCUUUCACCUUGUGUGACAUGUGUUAACAAACCUGAUUAUUGCACUUCAUGUGGAGAUGACUAUUUACUAAUUGAUGGAGCAUGUCUAACUUGCUCUUCAUUGAAUGGUUUCAACUACCCUAUCAUUGGAUCAGGCACUAAAGGUUAAAGAUGUACAGAAAUUUGUGGUGAUGGCUUAAGAUUCAAUUAGAAUCAAUGUGAUGAUGGAAAUCUAAACGAUGGUGAUGGAUGUUCUUCUUAGUGUAGAGUAGAGAGCAAUUACAAGUGUUUAGGGGGUUCAACUACAUCAAAAGAUAUAUGUCAAGAUACUCUUGGCCCGACUGUUUAAAUAUUAUCUAUUGGAUCAGAGAGCAGAUUUAUAAUCUUGGAAUUCUCUGAUAACUAUGGAUAAGUAUUCACUGAUGCAAAGAAAUUUGGAGAAUAAGAUUUUUAUUUUCACUUUGAAGGGAUUGAUGUAGAUGUGCCUAGUUACUCUGUAAAAGGGGAGAUACAUGAUGAUUUUAAAAAAAAUAAGAGGAUAUUUCUAAACUUUUCACCAAAGUUCUCUAUCCCAGAUGAGGGUGCAACACUAUCUAUUGGUUUCAAAAAUUCUUCACUGUUCUAUGAUCAGUAUUUUAAUCCAAUAUCAAUACUCUAGACUAAUAAAUUCAAGCUACAGAAGUUUGAGUACAAAGAUCCUAGAUAUUUCAAGGCAAUUACUGAUGCAGCAUCUUCUGUUAGUCAUGGAACAUAGGUGCUUUUGGCUAUUAAUUUGAUAUUAUCAGUUUCUCUUGACAAGGCUCUUGACUCUUUAUAUUCAGCUAUUAAUUCAGUCCAAAUUUUAUUUUAUUUGCCCUUGAUUGAUAUUCCUUUUCCAAAUGAAGUUUACCAGAUAUUUAAGUAUUUGUCUUAUGCAAAUUUUGAAAAUUAGUUGAUUAAAGAUCCCAUAUCAAGUGUGAUAAAUUUUGAUAAUAUUUCUGAUAGUCCCAUAAACUAAGUCUUCAACAAUUAUGGCUAUGAAAGCCAAGUAUUUUUGAAAUCUUAUCAAUACAAACUUGGAAUGAUAUUCGCAAUAUAUUGCUUUUAUCCACUAAGUUAGCUAUUCAAGAACUUCAAAAGCAAAAACUUUUAAAUCUUCAAAGCUAUGGAUAAUUUCUUUUUAUGGAAUGGAUCUCUGAGAUUAGGUUAUGAGCUUUACUUAGAAAUGGGUAUUUAUGCCUAUCUUAAUCUUUACAACAUCCAGUACGAUAAUCUAGAUCAAAUAGUCUCCUCUAUUAUUGCCAUUAUAGCCAUGGCUUUUGUUACAUUCUUUCCUUUGAUUACAAUGAACUUGGUUCAAUAAAAUGGAUCAGCUAACAAAAGUACCAAAAAUAGAUUUAACACUUUGAUGGAAAAUUUUAGAGAAAUACGCAUCACCCAAUAUGUGAAUGGAUAAAGGCAACUGAUUCAUAAAUCAUUACUGCCUUAAUUACACUUUUCAGCAUUUUUAUUUCGGAGAUUAUUGUACAUAUGGAUUCUGGUGCUUUUAACAGGGUAUCCUGCACUUUAAAUAAUGCUCUGCAUUUUAAAAACAAUUGGAAUGCUUUCUUAUUUGAUAUAUGUGUAACCAUUCAAGAAUAAGAUCAACAAUGCAAUGAAUAUCUUUAAUGAGACUCUCACAGGAAUUGCCUUCUCUGUAUGCUUCAUUUUUGAAAGAGGAAUGAAUGAAAGUAAAAGAAAGUACUAUGGAUGGGUUAUAAUAGGAUUAGCUUCAACUAUUCUUGUUGCAAAUUUAGUAGUGGGUAUAUUUGAAACAAUGAAAAAUUUAAAAGUGAUUCUAGGCUGUCUAAUAUUAAGAGUAAAACAAACUCUUAAUCGUAAGACUCGAAAUGAGAAUAAAAAUAUUAAGUCUUCUUUACAAAACAUAAAGAAGAGGAAAUCAAUGAAAAAUAAUAAUUUUAAUGUUAAAAGCAUAUCUAAUAAAUCGGCUGCAAUGUAAUUGAGUCAUGGAAUGAAUGAUCCAAAUAAUACUUUGUUGAGCAUCAGUUAAGGCACCUCAUAAUUCAAUCACACAGAUUAAUCAACUAUUAAUCAAAUAAAUGAUUUAAAUCAAUCCAUAGACAGCUUUCUUUCUCCUUAGAGAAAUUUAGCAACCAUUGAAUUUGACAGAUUUUAACAAAGAGCAAAUACAUUUUCAUCAUCCUAAUAAAAAAGGGAUUCAUUUAUUAAGUUGAGAAAUGCUUUUAAGAAGAAUUAGCAACAUCAAAAUUCAGUUAUAUUUAAAGAGGAUGAAAUCAUUUAACAAGAUAGAAAUGAUAGUUUUAGGAACAGCUAAGAAUUAACUGUACCUUAAUCUCCUAAUAUUCUUGAUUAUGCUGGUAAUAGAUAAGAUUAAUGA